GAGUGUCCCACCUGCACCCCUGCUGCGCCGGCCGUCUCUUUGCCAGAGCGGGGAACCGGGGCCCCUCUGCUCUGGGUCUGUGGGUACCGGGCAGUGCGCUAGUGGUCGUAUCACUGAGCCAUGGGCCGGGCCGGGAGAUUCAAGCGGCCGAGGGGCUGUCGCUGCCUCCCCCUCACUCGCCCGCUGGUUUGUUGUUGCUCCUGUUCCCCCAGGCCCAGCGACGAUGACGGGGAAGGAUCCCGCGUCCCCCCCUGGCUCCGCGCUGCCCGGAUACCUCACGCUCUGCCUCCUGCUGUGGGCUCCCAGGCUGGCCCCAGCACAAUUCACAGUGAUGGGACCUAAGUGCCCCAUCGCUGCCUCCCUGGGUGGGGAGGCCGUCCUGUCCUGCCACCUCUCCCCCCGGAUGAGCGCCGAGAGCAUGGAGGUGAGGUGGUUCCGAUCCCAGUUCUCUGCAGUUGUGCAUCUGUACCGCGACGGGCAGGACCAGUUCGGAGAGCAGAUGCCGGAGUACCGAGGGAGAACGGAGCUCUUGAAACACAACAUCGCCGACGGGAAAGUUUCCCUGAGAAUACGCGAUAUCCGGCCCUCCGACGAGGGGCAGUACACGUGUUUGUUCCAGUCCGGUGACUUUUAUGAGGAAGCUUUAUUGGAAGUGCAGGUGCCAGACCUGCUUAUCCCAUGGGACAACCCCUGGAAGGCGGGUCUCGGUGUGAUCCUGGCUCUUUGGUUUGUUCUCAUCGCCCUGGCCAGUUACUGCUUCUGGAGGCAGCACCGAGCGAAAGGCAAACUCCAGGGGGAGCUCGGGUGGAGAUGCGCCCAGCUCUGCGCAGGUACUGUCCAGCCCCUGGGAUUGUAG